GCAGAACACCCAGGUCCAGUGGAGCAGACAUGGGCCCUCGAGGUGCCCCUCUCUUGGUAGUGGUCCUUGUCUUGGGGCUGCAUGCCCUGGCGGAAGGCGAGAAACCUUCUCCCUGUCGGUGCUCCAGGAUGACGCCCUCCAACAGAAAGAACUGUGGCUUCCCGGGCAUCACCAGUGACCAGUGCUUUAAUCUUGGAUGCUGCUUUGACUCUAGUGUCGCUGGGGUCCCCUGGUGUUUCCACCCACUUCCAAACCAAGCGUCGGAACAAUGUGUCAUGGAGGUGUCAGCCCGCGAGGACUGUGGGUACCCGGGCAUCAGCCCUGAGGACUGUGCCAGCCGACACUGCUGCUUUUCCAACCUGAUCUUCGAAGUGCCCUGGUGUUUCUUCCCACAGUCUGUGGAUGAUUGUCACUACUGAAGGGCACUGCUGCUGAGACCAUCACCGGGAGCUGCAAGCCGGAAGAAGAAAGCCUCCACCAGACUGCGUCGAUCUCUGGGGUUUCUUAAACUCUCUUGAGCCCCAGCAGUGGCUGGACACAGUGUCUUUCCAAGUAAAGAAAACCUUUGAAAAACCUGGC